GUGUCUCCACGUCACUCAGGUCACGCGAAACAACCGGAGGCACGGAUUAUCGGUUUAUCGGUGAGCACUGCUGCGCGGCUAACGGCAUGUCGCUGCUGGACUCUGACGACAGCUACGAUUUAGUCUUCAAAAUCGUUCUUGUCGGAGAUGUCGGUGUCGGCAAAACUUGCGUGGUUCAGCGUUUCAAGACCGGGCUAUUCACCGAGAAGCAAGGGAACACGAUCGGCGUGGACUUCACGGUGAAGACGCUGGAGAUGCACGGCAAGCGGGUGAAGAUUUGGGAUACAGCUGGACAGGAGAGGUUUCGCACGAUCACACAGAGUUACUACCGCAGCGCCAAUGGUGCCAUCAUCACUUACGACAUCACGAAGAGAGCCUCUUUCAUGUCUGUGCCCAAGUGGAUGGAGGAUGUGCAGAAAUAUGGGGGUUCCAACAUUGUUCCUCUGUUAAUUGGUAAUAAAUCAGACUUGCCCGACUUGCGUGAAGUUCCACUUGAGGAUGCACAGACCAUGGCUCAUCAGCUGGAUUUUGUUAGUGCCAUCGAGACUUCAGCCAAGGACUCUAGCAAUGUGGAGACCUUUUUUUUACAGAUUUGGGAUACAGCUGGACAGGAGAGGUUUCGCACGAUCACACAGAGUUACUACCGCAGUGCCAAUGGUGCCAUCAUCACUUACGACAUCACGAAGAGAGCCUCUUUCAUGUCUGUGCCCAAGUGGAUGGAGGAUGUGCAGAAAUAUGGGGGUUCCAACAUUGUUCCUCUGUUAAUUGGUAAUAAAUCAGACUUGCCCGACUUGCGUGAAGUUCCACUUGAGGAUGCACAGACCAUGGCUCAUCAGCUGGAUUUUGUUAGUGCCAUCGAGACUUCAGCCAAGGACUCUAGCAAUGUGGAAGAGGCAUUUAACAAAAUGGCCAGUGAGCUCAUUCUCAGACAUGGCGGGCCCAUGUUCACUGAAAAUGUAACAGACAGCUUUAAACUCAACAGCAAGGAUGUGACCAAUGAGGGCUGGGGAUGUGGGUGUUGAUGACUGUUCAGAAAGCAAUAAAAAGCUUUGGUUCUUACCACUCACUCGGUUAUAUAAAUUGGGUCCUGUCAGGCAGAUGCUGAAUUUGAAGCGGGAGACGCUGAAGAUACAUUUCUAGGAGUGGCUUAUAAAAGACCCACAAAACGGCACCAUGUGAUUUUAUAAACCUACAGUUGAACGUAACAGUGAAGACGCUGGGUAGAGACCAGUUUGAUUGCCAAGCACAAAAUUGCCACGCUUUAUUUAAAAAUCAUAACCAGCCCAAAUUUAUUUUCAAAACCCAGUAAAAAACAAUUUGUUUCUCCACUGAACGCAAAAUUGCUGUGCGACAUGACACAAUCAGCCAAUCAGGUCGUGUUUGAUGUUUAAUGUGCAGUUAUGUGUAGCAAGACUUUGGACAAAUGAGAUUUCACAAUGGGCGGGGCUUCCUAGAGCAACAACUAACAAAUAGAAACCAAGCUGUUGAUAAAAUAUCCUAUCGCUUGUUGGACCGGCUGUUAAGAUUACACAUGUACAGUAGGUGACACAUGUACAUCUCAGCAGAAGUUUUGUACUGUAUGUUUUGGUUGCCCGUGGAGCUUAUCCGGGAAA